CUCAUUGAUUUGUAAAAAGUGGAGAAUAAUUUUUUAAAUUAUAUUUGGCAAAAUGACAACAUUAAAUAACGUAUUAAAAGCUAUAGAAGCUUUAAAAUCAGCUCAAGAGUCGAACACUCUUCUGUCAGAUUCGAAUGCAAGGAAAGAUAAAUUAACAUGUUGCAUGACAAUAACAGAAGGAAUAUGUUCACCAACUGUUAAAGUAGCAGCCAAGUUUCCUCAAGUACUUAGUCUUUCAAUUGAAACAUUACUGAUAUUGUGUAAUGAUGAUGAAUCUGAUGUCAGAAUGGUAGCAGAUGAAACAUUAAAUAAAAUUAUAAGGGCAAUGGCUGACAGUAAUAUUGUUAAAAUUCAAAUAGAACUUUAUAAUGAAAUAAAAAGAAAUGGACCUGCUAGAACAUUAAGAGCUGCUCUCUGGAGAUUUGGACUUCUCAGUCAUAUGAUUCGUCCUACAAGAGGAAAAGCAUAUGUAUUUAAUUUGAUACCAUGCAUAGUAACUAUUGCACAUCGAUCUGAGGAAUCUGUAAUUGAAACACUGUCACAAUCAUUACCAUUAAUUAUGAAAACACUAGGGCCUUUUAUGACAGACAAUGAUAUCAAGACAUUAUUGAAAGCAUUCUUUGAAAAUGUAUCUUCUGUACAAGCAGCAUUUCGUAGAGCUGCAGCAAAUAUGAUUUUAGCAACAUGUUUAAAUUGUCGAAAACCACAAUUUUUUUUAAAUUAUGUAUUGAAAUAUCUUUUAGCUAUUGUAGUGCCUAUAAAUGAAGAUGAAAGUCGUAUAGCAACCAUUAUUGGUAUAUUUGGUUGUAUAAGAAUAAUUUUACCGCAUAUAUGCAAUUCUUCAGAAAUUCAAGAUGAUGACAUAGUUCAGACAGAUACCUUAUUACAAAUUUAUGAACUAUGUUUACAUUAUACAAAAUGGCAUUCUGAUCAUAACGUUAUAAAUGCCGUUUUGGAAACAUUAACACAGUUUUUAAAGUCACCUUCAAAAGUUUUAGUAUCAUUAUUAUUAUCGAAUCAAGGUAUAACACAUAGCAGAAUAGCAUUGAAUCAAAAUGAAAUGACAUUAUCAUUAAGUCAAGCAAGUACUUCUAGUACUGCAACUGCUUGUGAAGAAAAUUCUGAUUAUACUUUAAAUUUACUUGAUUCUGAUUUACCUGAAAUAAAUCCAAAGAUAGAAAAGUGGAUAUUAGAUUCUGAAACUGUACCUCCUUUGGUCCAAAAUUUACAAAUUCCCAAGGAAUGUACAAAUAAUGUUAUAGAAAUGAAAGGAAAGAUUUUAGAAAAUUAUAAUAGUUUGAAAUUUGGAGUAACUGAUAAUGAAACAGUUGAAGAAGGUAGUGACAUUGGAAGUGAAAUAGAAAAAUCGGAGAAAUUUUAUUCAAAUUUACAAAACGAAGCAAAAGAAGUAGACUCUACCGAGGAAAUUGCAUCGUCUAUCGCUUCUCCUAAGAAACUUUCUCUAGAUUUUUCAUUACGGGAAAUAGAUAUUGGAACUUUUACAGAUUCUGAUAUAUCUUUAAAAUUUUGUUGUCGUUAUUUAGUAUCAUCUUUCCUUUUAACUGGCAAUGUUGGUUAUGUAAUACCAGACAAAUAUUUUCGUGUUAGUGUAAAAUCUCUUGCUUUAACUUGCGUGGCUUAUAUUUUAAGACUUUGCCCGAAUUUAUUUUUAAUUCCUGUUGCAAAAGAAUCAAAUUCUAAUGAAAAUGAACAAAUGAUAACAGAUAUUUUAUUAUUUGCAAAUCAUCCAGAUCCUCAAAUUAGGGGUAAUGUAUCAAUUAUUAUUGGUACAUUUUUAAAAUCUAUAUAUAUUCAAUAUGGAGGAUCUUUUAAAAAAUUUGAAGAAGAAAUCGCAAAUAAAAUUCGUGGCAUUAUAUCUUUAGAAAAUUUGAUUAAAUUACUUUUAAAGGGUUUAGAAGAUGAUUCUGCUACUACAUGUCGACAAACAUUAACAGCACUUAGUUUAUGUCUACCAGAAUUGUUAGAAUCUGUUGACAAUAAACAUGGAAUUACUGUAUUAACUGCAUUACCUCAACUAGUAAAGAAUCCAUAUUUUCUAGUGAAAAUUAAAUUAGUGGAAUUAUUGAGUGAGAUAUCGUAUGUUACUGUAGAACAUAUAUGUGGUGGAUCAAUGUUCCAAAAACAUUUUAUCGAUGUUAUUGUAACACUAUUAGGUGAUCAAGAUCAAAGAAUUAGACAUGCAGCAUCUGAUGCUAUUGUAAAAAGUAUUCCUUUGUUACAUUAUCAACAACCACAUGAUGAUGUUAUUACGCGAAAAGCUGUACAAUAUACGGAAAAAUUUUUAAGUGCAGUAACCAGAAGUUCCGUAGAAUUAUCUUCUUGUCAACAGAAACAAAAGUUCUUUAUAAAUACCUCUAUACAGCCAUUUACAGCUUUAAAUUUUCAUGAUGCCAUGAACUAUCGUCCAAAUGUAGAAUACUCAUUGUCAAUUAUAAUUAAUAUGUUGGCAGAAAUUCUUGGAGUACAAUCAUCAAAAUAUUUAGUAUAUGGCUGUUGUGAAGCUCUUUUUCGUUUAAGCGAAGUAUACAGCACUACAGUAUAUAUUAGAGGAUGGGAUUGUAUUUCACCGAAAACAUUGUUGAAAAAAUCCCAUAAAAAAGGCGGUAGCCGAUUAGAUAUUAGCGAUUCAAAUUUUACAAACGAUAUGAUGCCAUCGUCCGUGAGCAAUGGUCUUUUAUCUUUAGCUUUAUCUUUAUUAUCGUCAUCUCCUAUAAGCUUAGAUCUGUUAACACAUAAACAUUUGGUACUUCUUGCUGGCAAUCUUGCUUCGGGUUUAGCUUUUUGUAAUUUUAAACCUAAUGAUCCAACCAAAACUUGGUGGGGUACAUUUAAAGAUAAACAAAUAGAAUUGUUAUUAAUACAUAUUAUGAGAGUGUUAAAUAUAUUUGUUCAUAUAAUUGAUGAUGUACAAUUAACACAAACUAGUACAAAAACAACGUUACCAUCUUUAUCAUCCACGCAAACGUUAUCUCCAAAAAAAAAAAUAAUAUCUGAACCGAAGAUGAAAGAAAAAGGAGAAAAAAUUGGGAGCUCAAAAUUUGGAAAAGAACAAAUGGGUGCGUUUAUUUCUACAUCGCAUUACAUGAAAAUGUAUGAAAUUCUUAAAGCUGCACACUUGAAUUAUUUAGCCACACUUGAACCAUAUGCUAGCGAAAUGUAUUUGUCUCUGUUAAAUGCGAUUUUAGAUGUUCUUUCACAAAUUCUUGAAAUUAUAUCUGUUAAUGAAGCAGCUCAAAUUGCGGAAGAAAUUCUAUAUUAUUUACAAAAUACUGUUGUGUUGUCUCCAACCGCAACCGUUCAAUGUGUUCAACAACUAUUGAAGUGUUUAUUUAGUACUAAUGUGUGUGCACAAUGGAAUGAAUUAGAUAUACAGAAAAAUUCGGACAGAAUAACCAUAUUAUGGGAUGAUAUCAAGGGAUUUUAUAAUUACUGUUUUCAAAAUCCUGCAAGACAAAUGGCAGAUACUAUAAAAUCCAUAGGAAACAAUUGCAGGGGUGAAAACGAACCAGAUACCGGGUGGAUAGGUUUGUUACAUAGAAAAGGAGAUAGAAAAUUUUCUUCUAUUUUUAAGAAUUUAUCGAGAUCAUCCGAUCAAAAAACCUCGGUAGCUUCGUUUAUUCGUCUCUUUGAGCCGAUGGUUAUAAAAUCCUUGAAACAAUACACUGUAACAAGUAACGUGUCGUUACAGUGUCAAGUAUUAAUGUUACUUAGUCAGUUAGUGCAAUUAAGAGUUAACUAUUGUUUGCUGGACUCUGAGAGAAUAUUCAUUGGAUUUGUAUUAAAACAGUUUGAAUUUAUCGAAGAAGGUCAUGUGAAACAAACGGAGGAUCUGUUACCAAAGAUUUUCAAUUUCUUAGUUCAUUUAUCAUAUGAGAAAAAUCAUUCGAAAGCCAUAAUAGGAAUUCCAAAGAUAAUUCAAUUAUGCGAUGGACUUAUGGCAAGUGGACAACCAGCUCUUACGUACUGUAUACCAGCUCUCGCUCCUGUUGUAGAAGAUGUAUUUUUAAUUAGAAAUGCAAGUUUGAAUCCAGUAGAGCAAAGAGAGCUUGAGACGACAAGAGAAGUUUUGAUUUCGAUGCUUUUACGUCUUGUGGAAUAUUACCAAAUCAUCGAACUUCUGGCGUUAUGUUUAACGGAAUCUAGAUUCAGUGGAGAUGGUAAUGGAGAAGAAAAAUGGAGAAGAUGGUCUAGGCUAACAAUGGAUUCUGUUCUUCCUAUGUUAACAGCCGGAAAAAUUCGAAUAGAAUCGGAGAAAGCACACAUAGCAAUGGUUAAAUUGUUCGCAGCUAUUUCUCCCACAGUUUUCAGACCAGUUGAUCCUCUUUUAAAAGUACUUUUUGCUAAACCCGAUUCUUUAGAUACUUCAAGUUUGAGAUUAAAACGAUGGUUAGGGGUAGUAAACGUUGUUUUGUUAUCUUUGAUAGCAUGCUCGAAGGAGGAAGCAAUGCUUGCGCGACUUUCUGACUUGAGUAUAAAUUUUUCAGAGUUAUCACAAUCCUUUCUUCACACGAAAACUUCUCGAACUACAGAUCCUCUAAAUGUUUUAGACAGUCAACUUGUCAAAGUACCGCCCGAAAGAAUAUUAGCUAGAUUUAUUUUUAAUGUUAUCAACUUGGUGGGUUCCAAAGUGUAUAAUCUUCUUGGAUUGUUAAAUCCUAACCUCAAUGAUCCAUACGUUGCAUUCUCGGAAUCGAUAGAAAACGAUUACUAUUUGAUCCAUCAAUUCGCAUUCUUCCUUCAAUUAUGCAUUCACAUGUUCGAGUCUGGAAGUCAUUGUAAAGUUGCGAAUGCUGUAAUACAAAUGAUUCAAGGUAGAAACGUUCUUGAAGAAGAAAAGCUACCAAUUGCCGAUCUAAACUUCUUGAUGUUAAACAUUGGAAACAAGUGUCCAACAUUAACUUGUCAAUGGGCUUAUUUAAUGACUUUAUUAGGCUAUAACGAAAUGACAUUUUGGUCGAAGAUAUUGGGCACCCGCCGAGCGGAAUACGUCGUACACUGCCCUCCGAGUGAAGAAAAGAAUAUAAACUGUGAGAGUAGCAUUAAUAUUCAAAUAAUUCGAAAAGGUGGUAUUAUAUUGUUUUGCGAUUACGUGUGCGAAACUUUGUGCGAUGCAGAGCCUUUGACGUGGUUAUUAGUUAAUCAUACAGAGGAGACGGUUAAUAACGCUAUCGAAUCACCUGUCAGGGAUCUAUUGACAACAGCUAUACAUAGAAAUCCUGCGGCUAGUGGAUUGUUAGUACAAGCAAUUGCAACCAAAUGCACAGAUUUGUCACCACCCAGUUUCGUAAAACGACUUUUACAAUGUAUAGAAGGUGCUCAUCAUUCUCAGAGCGGAGCUGUUUUAAUGACAUUGAUACCGAGAUUAUUAUCGACUAAAUAUCUUGCAUUGUCGAGGAUGGCGGCGAAAAUAGCCAGUCGAAGAGUAGAAAUUUUAUUGACCACGCCUGCAGCGGACGUGAUGAAACAAUUAUCGAAAGACGAUUUUACCAAAAUUAUGGAGACGCUUCAAAUGACCAAGCUCGCGAAGAAACAUGGCGGACUGGUCAGUUUAUUGAACAAAUUAGGGGUACAAUACUACGAUUUGUCCCCUCUGGAACUUGAUCAAUGCAGACCGUUUAAUCCAUCCACCGUGAAAAGUAUUCAAUUGGAUCGUAAUUGGUUUUUGUCGCAGGUAAAAUUACGAUGUUGUAAUUCGAAUAUUAAUUAUAAUCUGUCAGAAGCAGCGCAAUUGUUAAAAGUUUUGGAUUUUGAAGAUUGCCUUGGUAUUUUGUCUUCCAAAGAGUUCAAUAUCGCGAUAUUGAAGCCAUGCAUAAUAUUAGGCGUACGAAUGAGCGUGGAGAAGUGCCAAAAAUUAGAAUUCGGUGUAGCACAAAACGAGAAAGAUUUCAAUUUUGAAACUAGUCCGUUGUACAGCGCCGCCAAACAAUGCUUAUUGGACCACGUCCACUACGUCAUCGAUUUAAUGCCUAAACCGCAUUAUAUUUACGAUCCGACGCAAUCGAAUAACAAUUCGAGGGAGUUGAAGUAUGCGAUUCGAUUGAACGAACUUCUAAACGAGUCGGUGUACUGGGACGUGCUUUUUAUGUUGAUACCAGCUGUAAAGAUAUACAUGAAAACAUUAUCAAAAUUAGCCAAAUAUAAUUUAGCGAAAAUCGAUAAAAAAUCUGAAGAAGAUUUAGCCAAAUUUGCAGUUCUAUGCCUGGAAUUAACGUACUGGAUGGUACAUUGCGACGAGAAAAAGGUGAAAAAAUUGAAACCAAGGAAUAUGGAGCUCGCGCUGAGUUGCGCAUCCGAGAUUUUAAAACAUCCUGGCCCUAACAAAGUUUUUGGGGAAAACACAAGGUACUCGUGGGUUUGUAGCGGUGCUGCUUCAUUAACAAGGAUAGUAGAAUAUUUGCUAACGACACUCGACGCCUUACCAGUUAUAGAUACACGUGCUUUAGAUCCAGCGCUGGAAGACGAGGAUACUAAAGAUUUCGCCCAUGCUUGCACGCGGAUGGCUAACCUCAUCGCUUGGUUGGAACGAUGUCAAAACGAACAAUCAUCGCCAACAAAUAUCCCACGAUACAUGUUCGACACGAUACAAGACUUAAUCGUAAGCAUUAGCCGUCAACCGCUGGUAAAUUCUUAUAUUCUAACUCCGCCGUUGGUUUGGAAGCAAAAUUGGAACGUUGUCGGUUCCGGUCCGACCAAAUGUUACUUCCCUUUGUUACCCUCGGAGUCGAAUCUUCUUCAGGAGGUGGAAAUCUUGGAGCAAUUUAUUUACAGGAUAAAUCUGUUGGGCUGGAUCUCUCGAUUACAAUUCGAGGAAAUAUGGAUGGCCCUUCUGGGUGUGCUCAAUCUGUCACAAAACGAGAACGUGUCGAGAGAAGAGAUUCCUACGUUGAUCCAAGCGAGUACCUUGGCUGUACAGGCGAUAACGAAAUUGCUGUUGCACACUUUGCUUCUUCCUUAUCCAGGCAAUCCAAAGGCCAGUACCGUGAUUCAUCAUCCGAGGGAUCCUCAGCUUUCCGUUCACAAAAUUAGCUCGCAAAAGUUGUACGCAAUUCAAGAUUUACUCACGUGGAAAUACGAGUGUAUGAACGACUUGGAGAUUAACUAUGGCUUGAACAUGGACCACAUCUUCCACCGGGGAAACGUGGAAAGGGUUGCGAAUUUGAGCAAGUAUACGUACAGUCAACUUUCCGUUUCUUACUUGUGGUCAUUAUGUAACUUGUAUGAGGACAAAUUGAACGCCUCUGUUCUUAACUUAAAGAAUAGGAGGAACGACGCGUUAAUGUCAGCGUCGCUCGAUUUAGAUUCCUGCCUUCGUUUCUUAAUAGAACUUUAUACAUCUUGGAUGUCCCCGCAAGCUAAUACACCUAUACAAUUGCUCACGGAGACUGUCAAGUCUAUUCUAGCAAUUUCGGAGUUGUUCGUCGAAAGAGCUCAGUAUCAAUGGAUGUUGGACACGUGUUUGGAGAUCUCUAGAAUCCAUCCCGCGGAGAACGAUAUUUUACAUCAAUAUUUAGUAAUUUCCGUUUGUAAAGCUGCUGCAGUGUUAACACCAUUGGAUUUCGAAACGUUGGAUAAAGUGAAGCGUUUAGUAGAUGCAAAUCUCAAGUCGAACUUCUUACCUGCUAAAGUAUCCGCCCUUCAUGGCUCGUUGUACCUGCUACAAAGCGCUGUGCUUGCAAAUUGCGAGGAGACGAUGAAUAUUAUACACCCGUUAGCGAUAGAAUAUAUACAGAAACAUCUUGACGCGCAAGAUUUGAGCGGUGUGUUAAGUCAAAGCGAAGAGCAUCAAGGUGUGAUGUGGGCUCUGGUGUUCUUUUUAUUAGAGCACGCAGAAGAUACUCCACCAGAUACGGAAGCACCAGCCGUGUUAGAAUUAGUUCUCACUUUACUUACAUCGCAAAAUAUUUCUUAUAGUUUGCAUCAAACCCUUUUGCAGGGGCUCGAGCGACUCGUAGCAACGAAAAGUGUGAUUGGAAAGGUUGCCGAGCAAAUAGUGAAAGUUGCGAUCGAUCGUUUAAAACAGCCUAGUCCUAUGUUAUCGUUACCCGCCUUGCAAUUAUUAUUGACUUGCAUGUAUACGGAAUCAUCCGAUAGAUUGAAUCAAUUAAAAACAGAGGAACCAUUACCAGAUAUUGAGCCGGAAACGCUAGUUCGGUCUAUUGAACGUACUUCUGCAAUUUUCGAUAAAAUUAGAAGGGGACAUUCUAUGGAAGUGGAACUUUUAUGCACAGUCUUAUCCAGCGUGCUUGCUGAUUUCUUUCCACCUUUAGAAAUUUUAACCAAAGUUAUAGGGGAAUUUUUGUCGCCGCAACAACCUCAUCCACGAUUACUUUCCGCCGUUGUAUUUAAGGUUUGCGAAAGAGCAUGCACUUGCGCGCAAAUGGAACUUCUCCAAGAUUGGGUUGUAUUUAGCUUACCAAACUUUAUUCAGAGUUUGCCGAUUACGAUGUCGACGUGGUGCUUGUCUUGUUUUUUUAUUAGUACAUCUACGAAUCAUUGGCUAAGAGCAUUAUUUCCUUAUAUUCAAUCCAGAAUAGGAAAACACGAAUACGAGGAUAAAAAGAUACUAUGCAUUGCUGCCUCUGAUUUCUAUCGUAAGUUAUCUAAGGAGACUCAAAAGAAGGCUUUCGUGGAAACUUUCGAAGCAGCAGCAAAAGAACCUGGAACUCCGUUUAGUGACAUUUUAGCGUCUUUUUAGCUAGUCUUAUCAUUGAUUGAUAUAAGAAAGUUAAGAUCAAUCAAAAAGUUUUUCAUUCAGAAGUUGUAAUUAUGUUCUUAAUUCUCUUUGUAAAUUGAUGUACAAUCAUUACGCGGCAUAGAUUUAUCGCGUGUACAGUUAUACGUGUAUGUGAUGAUAUUUAUUUUACAUCGUGUCCUAUUGAAAAGAGAUAACAUGUUUAUGAUAAACAAUAUUUUUUAAAUA